AUGGCGGUUAUUCGUAUAGGAUUGUUUUCGUUCCUAGGUAUUCUAUUGUCCUGUGGUUCCGGAAUCAAUGCGCAGGCCUUUUUGGCUGAGCCCGAUGGCACAAGAUUGACUUUGGGAUACCCUGACUCGCUCUCCUCUGCUUGCCAAGUGACAUUCAACACGUCCACUCAGUGCAAUUCGGCUCUUGGAGCGAUUGCCUUUGAUGCUCUGUUCCCCUCUAGUGAGCAACUGGCGGUGAUCUGUACGGACGACUGCCUCGGGUCUCUGCAAAACUUUCGCUCCCAACAGGCCCAGUCCUGCGAGAGCGAGUCUUACGCUGUCGACGGACAACUGGUCCCUGCCACGUACAAUGUGGACCAGUUACUCUUCACCUACAGUUAUACCUGUUUGCAGGAUCCGCCCACGAAGGAUUACUGUGCCCCCCUCGUCGAUCAAUGGUCGGAGGAGGGGCCAACCUCGGAGCAAUCAUGCUCUGAUUGCAUGUUGCGUACCUUCCAGGUGGAGCUGAACUCACCAUUUGGCUAUGACGAUGAGUUUGCCGAUUACUAUCGCUCCUUGACAUCCUCAUGUGGUGUCUUGGAUUAUCCCAUCACUUCGCCGCCUCCCUACACUGUGACCAGGACACCGACUCCCACAUCAUCCCAUACCAGUUCCCCCACUCCCUCGUGUGCGUCAUACUAUACUGUUCGAGAAGGCGAUGACUGUCUCAGUGUCAGCAAAGCACAACGCGUGUCGGCAGCAAUGCUGCGAUACGAGAACGGUCUUACUGCGGACUGUACCAAUUGGCCGGAUGUAGGGACCUCCCUUUGCAUCCCCGCCCCGUGUGAGCUUUACACGCUCCAGGCAAACGAAACCUGUUAUGGCAUCAGUCAGGCACAUAAUACCACCUUCACCGUAACACAGCUGAUCUCCUGGAAUCCUGAUAUCAACCGAGACUGCAGCAAUUUGGAGGCGAUCAUCGGCACCCAACUCUGUAUUAGUGCACCAGGGGACACAGCAGGGCCAGAGAUCACUACAAUUCCUGCUAUGACCACUGCAGUACCAACACCGGCGCCUUCGAAUGUAGCGAAUGGGACCGAUCUCCAGUGUGCCAAGUACUACGAAGUGGCACCAGGAGACACGUGCGCAUCCCUCACGGUGAUGAUGGGGAUCAGCCUGACUGACUUUUACUUUCUGAAUCCGGAGGUCAAGAAGGCAAACUGUACCAAUUUACAGCCAGGGUCCUCGUACUGCGUUCAGGCUGUGGGUGACAUCGCUACCUAUACUGGAUACGGGGGUAAGACGGACCCCUGUAUGACCAUUCCUAUUCCUAUCAGCUGUCUCGCAACGGGCCCAGUUACCACCGAUACUGCCUGGACGUUUCCCACAUACACCACCACCAAGACCCCCCAAACAACAUCCCUGCCCUUGGCCCCGGGAACCCUCACCAACUGUUCAGCCUAUGCAGAGUACCUCACUUCGCCGCGUAACACCACAACAAUCAACUCCUGCUACGUGGUGGCCAGUUUCUUUGAUGAGGACGUGGAGAACUUUGUAUCGUGGAAUCCAUCAUUAUCCUAUGACCCCGGUAGUCCAGGCAACUGUCAACUCCAGCCAGGCUAUCAGUACUGUGCCAGGGUGACCGGGUACACCACCACUUCCACUCCCACUCCUACCUCGGCAGUAACAUCCACGACAUCCACACAAUCCCCGACCAGCACAGGGGCAAACGGUGCACCCACACCGUUACCCAUUCAGCCGGGCAUGACAUCCAAUUGUGGUAAAUUCUAUCUGGUCCAACUCGACGACGGUUGCGAAGCCAUUGCCACCGCCCAUGGCAUCUCCCUGGCGGAUUUCUACGCUUGGAAUGCUGCCCUGAACGGGGACUGUUCUGAUAGAAUCGCACUCUCGGACUUGUAUUCCUGGAAUCCCGCCCUAAAUGGGGACUGUUCUGGACUGUGGCCGGAUUACUACAUCUGCGUGGGACGGGGAGAAAGCAUCAGUGCCAGUAGUGUUAUUCCCACCACAACAACCACCACCACUGCCGCGGCGAAUGUGACCCCCACUCCGACGCAGGCCGGCAUGGUCUCGGGAUGUAAGAGCUUUUACCUGGUCCAAUCCGGUGAUGGCUGUUAUGAUAUUGCUGCAAGCCACGGGAUCACGCUAGACCAGUUCUAUUCGUAUAAUCCGUCGGUGGGGGGUGACUGUGGUGGAUUGUGGCCGACGUAUUAUGUUUGUGUUGGUGUCGAGGCAUAG